UUUUUUUCUUUUCCCGAUUUUUUUUAUCAAUUGAUAAAAUCAUCAUCAAUUAUCAUCCAUAGACAACGUUCGGUUCGAAGGUGUUCGAAUCGAACGAAUUGUGUGACACACAGCUGAUUGUCAAUUUAAAAAGAUGACAACAAUCAUUCAGAAUUUAUGUAAAUUAUCACAGAAUAUUUUUUCAACAUUUAUUCGUACGAAUAGUGGUAGUAAUUCGAAAUCGAUGGCCGUAUUGGAUGAACAAAAUAUUUUAUUAUUGAAAAAAUUAUUUGCCCAAUUAACAUUGAAUGAUAUUAAUUUUGAUCUCAAUGAAUUAUCACCAACGAUAUCAUCAUCGCCAACAUCGUUAUCAUCAUUGGCUCCAAUCACUUAUACAUCAAUAUUUCAGAAUGAAUAUUUUUCAUUAACAAUUUUUGGAUUUCGAAAGCCGACAUCCAGAAUACCAUUACAUGAUCAUCCGGGUAUGCAUGGUUUUAUCAAAUGUAUUUAUGGUAGUAUUUCGAUAAAAAGUUAUACAAUUUUGGAUAAUGUUCCGGUUCCGAAUGAAAUUCUAAAUAAAAUACCCGAAUUAUCGAAUCCACUUUGUUUGGUUCCAUCGAUCUAUGUUGGUGAAGAUAUAAUUUCAAUCAAUGAUAAUUAUAAUCAAAUUGGUACAUUAACACCAAUGGAUCGUAAUAUUCAUGAAAUUCGUCCCGUAACAAAUCAAGCAAUUAUGGCCGACAUUAUAUCACCACCAUAUACCAAAUUUACUAAUAGUUAUUUUUAUUAUUAUUUGGAUACUAUUUAUGAUCAACAUUUGGAUAAAAAUAUUACCUGGUUAUUACGUACAUUAGAUAGUCGUGAUUAUUAUUGUGAUACAUUAAACUAUCGUGGUCCAAACAUUAUUCUGGUCUAAAAUUUCAACCAAAACAACC